UUGUGGCAGGGUGGAGGAAGGUGCAAUAGUCUCAGAUCCUGUAUUUACUGUAAACCAACACGUCGUGGGUUGUCAACAAAUUUUCAAAAGAUAAUUCCAUUAACAGGGUUACUUAGCAAUAAGGCUGAAGACAAUCUAAACAAAGUAAAGGUACGCUACUGUAAUGGUGCUCCAUCUGCUGGGGAUUGUGGCAAUGAGAGUUGCUCCCCCUCUACAGCUGCAGGUUUGCAUUCUAGAGGACACCGGAUAUGGGGAGCUGCAAUGGAUGAAUUGAUGUGUUUCUAUUUUGUUACUGGCAGGUGGGCUGGUGGAAACUCUAUAUGUGCAGGGGGGCUUGCAAAAGGCGAUGCCAUGGUUAGCGACAAUGCCUUUUCAUUAUCGGACCGAGACGACCAGAUUCCAAUAGUCCCC